AUUUUUUUUAAACCAAAAAAACAAAACUCUUUUUUUUUAACUCCAUUCAUUCACUCUCUCCUAGAUCGAGAUAGAGAUCGAGGAUGGGUGACGCAAUCAUCGCCGAUCCUCUUCUGGGCAUCGACCACGAAACAGUCGCAGAGAAGAAGAAACAGAGCAAAAAUCUAAAGCUUGCUCUUUUUCUGCUUCUGAUUCUUGUAGCAACUUCAGGUUAUUAUAGCUUUAGUGAGAAGAUUACAACAGUUUUGUUAUCAAGACAAACAAUUGAUGAUCAUAGUCUUAGCCUUGGAACUGUCAGUGACGUGGUUGAAUCAGAGAAUGGUGUUGUGGCUGCUGACGAUGCUCGAUGCUCCGAGAUUGGUGCCUCUGUUCUUAGAAGAGGCGGUCACGCGGUGGAUGCCGCAGUGGCUAUUACUUUAUGUGUUGGUGUUGUUAAUCCAAUGUCGAGUGGAAUCGGUGGUGGUUCUUUCUUGAUUGUUAGCUCGCAGAAAGAUUCCAAAGUUGAGGCUUUUGACAUGAGAGAAACUGCUCCAUUAGCUGCUUCUAAGGAUAUGUAUAAGAAUGAUGCGAGUGCGAAAUCGUUGGGGGCAUUGUCUAUGGGAGUUCCGGGAGAGAUAGCUGGACUUUACGAGGCUUGGAAACGGUAUGGCCGUCUUCCGUGGAAACCGCUUUUCGAGCCGGCGAUUGAGUUGGCUCGAGGCGGGUUUGUGGUGCAUCCGUAUCUUGGAAAGGCUAUAUCGAGCCACGCUGCGAUGAUACUUAAAGAUCCGGGUUUGCGGAGUGUCUUCUCACGAAAUGGACAGAUUUUGAAACCCGGUGAGACUUGCUAUAACCCGGAGCUAGCUCGGAGUCUUGAGACUAUUUCUGAGCAAGGACCGGGAGCGUUCUACAACGGGACAGUAGGCGAGAAGCUAGUUAACGAUGUGAAAAAGGCGGGAGGGAUCAUAACGAUGGAUGAUCUAAGAAGUUAUAAAGUCCGAGUUACCGAUGCAAUGUCUGCGGAUGUUAUGGGUUAUACGAUUCACGGAAUGCCGCCUCCUUCGGGUGGUACUGUCGGUUUUUCGAUGGUUAUUGAUAUCUUGGAUAGUUAUUCGAACCUUUACACUGCUUCGGGAAGAGAACUCGGGAUGCACCGUUUGAUAGAAGCAAUGAAACAUAUGUUUGCAGCUCGGAUGGAUCUCGGAGACCCUGGGUUCGUUAACAUAACAAACGCUAUGAACCAAAUGCUCUCGAAGACUCACGCGGAAGAAAUCCGAAAGAAGAUUUUCGACAACACGACAUUCCCACCCGAGUACUAUUUGAACCGGUGGAGCCAACUUAGGGACCAAGGGACAAGUCAUUUCUGCAUUGUGGAUGCGGAUCGAAACAGUGUGUCAAUGACCUCAACCGUGAAUUACGGUUUUGGUGCCGGGGUGUUAUCACCUUCCACCGGAAUUGUACUUAACAACGAGAUGGAUGAUUUCUCGGUACCUGCGGAAAUCACUCCCGACAGGCUUCCUCCUGCGCCUACAAAUUUCAUUGAACCAAACAAAAGACCAUUAUCUUCCAUGACACCUCUCGUGAUCACCAAGGAUGGUGAGUUCGUGGCUGCGCUUGGAGGAGCUGGUGGAAUGCAUAUAAUUCCGGCAGUGCUUCAAGUGUUCCUUAAUUGCUUUGUGUUGAAUAUGAAACCUAAACAAGCAGUAGAGAGUGCCAGAAUUUACCAUAGGUUGAUACCGAAUGUUGUUUCCUAUGAGAACUUCACCGCGAUCAAUGGCGAUCACAUAGGGGUUUCAGAAGAUACUAAGAUGUUUCUGGCUGAGAGGGGACAUGAACUCAAAGCAGUAUCAGGUGGAGCUAUUGUUCAACUUAUUGUUCAGAGUUUCAAGGAAGAAAAAGAAGACGAAAUGAUUAUUGAAAUUGGAAGGAAAAUUGGAAAGAAAUCGAAACCAUCCAAGGGCUUACUUACUGCAGUUUGUGAUCCUCGAAAAGAUGGGAAGCCAGCUGCAGUUUGAUUUCCCAUUCUCUAUCAUGUAAAGUUGAUUAAAGUUAUAUGAGCUUCAAUGAUUUGAGUGUGGGAUUAUAUACAGAAGCAAAGUUGUAGUUAAGAUGACAAUGAAAGGAAACAGUGUCA